AUGAUCAGACCGACAACAAUCACAGCUCUUGAAGCUGCUGUUCAGGCUGUAAGAUCGUGGUGGAGAAUAAUAUUCAUUAAUGGUAUGAAUAGAAGGGUUGUGUACACGGAGUUCUUGGAACGUAAACCAAUGUCGCCAAGCAAUAUGACUCAGAUGGCUUGGGCUGGUUCGUAUAGGCUCGGUUGCGGUAUGAGAAACUGCGGUGAUUUCAGAGCCUUCGUUUGCCGCUAUGGUCCUCGUGGUAACAUCUACCAGGAACAAAUUUACGUCCCAGGUCCAGUAUGCGGUAGUUGCUUCGCCGGGAACUGCAUAGACGGACUUUGUCCUACACCUACGAUGUGA